ACGCUUGAGAAUCAAUCUCUCUCUCCCUCUCGCUCUCUUUCUCGCCGGACCAGUGAAUCGCCGUGGACUGUCGAACCCAUGUUCCUUGACUCUUCUCCGGUCGGACCCUGCCUGAUUGACGGCAAAUCGAUUCUGAAGUACCUUGCCUUUCGCUGGAAAGAAUUCGGAACUGAGAUUUGAAAUGUGUGAAGAAAUCAGUUGGUUUCAGGCUUUGGAGACAUGCGUGCCUUCUGCUGGUGCUGGUAGAGCUUGUGCGAUGAAAAUCAAACGUGACGUACUUAAGUGUACUUUUUCCUGCCAGCUUUGUAGAGAAGUCCAAGCGCAUAGUGGUAGUGGCACGAGUGAGGAAGAUGAUGAUGAAGAUGUGGAGAUGGAUGUAAAAGAGGAGGAUGGUGAAGAAGACGAUGGGGAGAGGCGGAUUCGUACUUCGUUAAUAGUUGGGGAUGAUGGAGGAAUGGUGUCGAGUGGUAGCAACAACAACCAGUUUGAACAGCACCAUGUGCAAGAACAAUUGGGCACCCCUGGGGGUGGCCGUAGGUGUCGACCGCUGGAAGAGAAAGAGAGAACGAAACUGAGAGAGCGGCAUCGAAGGGCAAUCACUGCCAGGAUCUUGGCAGGUCUUCGGCGGCAUGGUAAUUAUAAUCUUAGAGUUAGGGCAGAUAUCAAUGAUGUGAUUGCAGCUCUGGCUACAGAAGCUGGUUGGGUAGUUCUUCCAGAUGGAACCACGUUUCCUUCAAGAUCUCAGGUCCCUAAACCUGCUAAUGGAGGUUCUGCUGCAGUAGCUUCAUCUUCUUCCCAUAUGGCCUCUCGACAAACUCCACCAAGCUCCACUAGGGGAGUCGGUUGUGGCUCUAAGAGCUUGCCGGAAAACAAUGCAUGUCGGAUGAAAGGUGUUUUUAUGCCUAAUUCACCACCGUAUGAUGCUUCCCCAAAUGCUAGAUGUCAAAGUUCAUCCCUGGUGGGAGAUGCUGGAGAACAGUCAGCUAGUCAUCCUCUCAUCAGUAGUUCAGUUGAUGUUGUAGAUGGAAUGCAGAUUGUUGAAAUGACACCAAAAUUACCCGAACGUGACUUUGCUGGGAGUGCUUACAUUCCAGUUUAUGUGAUGCUACCGUUGGGUGUCAUUAAUAUGAAGUGUGAGCUAGUUGAUCCAGAUGGAUUGCUAAAGCAGCUAAGGCUGCUGAAAUCAGUAAAUAUCGAUGGUGUCAUGGUUGAUUGUUGGUGGGGGAUAGUUGAAGCUCAUUCUCCACAGGAAUAUAAUUGGAAUGGCUACAGGAGACUUUUUCAGAUGGUGCAUGAAUUGAAGCUCAAAUUACAGGUUGUGCUAUCAUUUCAUGAAUGUGGAGGCAAUGUUGGUGAUGAUGUUUGUAUUCCGCUACCUCAUUGGGUAGCUGAAAUUGGUCGGAGUAAUCCUGACAUAUUCUUUACUGAUAGGGAGGGAAGACGCAAUCCUGAAUGUCUCUCAUGGGGAGUCGAUAAGGAGCGAGUGUUAAAAGGCCGUACAGGUCUUGAGGUUUAUUUUGACUACAUGAGAAGCUUUCGUGUUGAAUUUAAUGAUUUCUUCGAAGAUGGUGUCAUCACGACAAUUGAAGUCGGUUUGGGACCAUGUGGAGAGCUUAGAUUUCCAUCCUGUCCUGUUAAGCAUGGCUGGAGAUAUCCCGGCAUUGGUGAAUUCCAGUGUUAUGAUCAGUAUUUGUUGAAAUAUUUGAGGAAAGCAGCAGAAGCGAGGGGACACUCCUUCUGGGCCAGAGGGCCAGAUAAUGCUGGUUCCUAUAGCUCUCGGCCACAUGAAACAGGUUUCUUUUGUGAUGGUGGUGAUUAUGAUGGCUACUACGGUCGAUUCUUCCUUAAUUGGUACUCCCAAGUUUUAGUAGAUCACGGUGAUCUAGUACUUUAUCUGGCAAAGUUAGCCUUUGAAGGAACCCACAUUGUUGCCAAGCUUUCAGGUAUUCACUGGUGGUACAAGACAGCAAGUCAUGCGGCUGAAUUGACUGCUGGGUUCUAUAACCCUUGCAAUCGUGAUGGCUAUGCUGCAAUUAUGGCAAUGCUGAAGAAACAUUCUGCUUCUUUGAACUUCACUUCUGCUGGAUUUCACAUGUUAGAUCAGCAAGAAAACAUCGCAAAUACGUCGUCUGAUCCCGAGGCAGUAGUCUGGCAAGUGACAUAUGCUGCACGGGACGUUGGUGUAGAAGUUGUAAGUGAGAACGCUCUUCCUUUCCUCGACAGGGUAGGUUAUAACAAGAUAUUGGAUAAUGCCAAGCCCCUGGACGAUCCAGAUGGGAGAUAUUUGUCAUCCUUUAUCUAUAACAAGCUCACUCCACUUCUCUUGGAAAGACAUAACCUCGUGGAGUUUGAACGAUUUGUCAAGAGAAUGCACGGAGAAUCUGUUCAUGAUCUCCAGGUAUAGCCAGCAAGAAGAUGUACAAUUAAUCUCUCCACAAACAUUGGAAGUUGUCAACACAUUGCAGAUCAGGGUAAUCGAUGUUAUUUGUUGCAAUGAUUUGAUCGACAAAACAGCACUUGUAAAUGGUGUUUUAUGCAUUACUAAUGAUAAUCACCCUUUUACAAUGGA